GUUAAAACAUGGCAUCUCAGGACUAUCGUCCAAGAAUUAUUGUGAAUGGAACAAGAAGAACAAGAACGUUCCAUUUCUUCUAUUGCCGUCAUUGUAGCCGUACCAUUAGGCUCCGAAACUAUGGUCUAUACGGUCCUAUAUGUCCUUUCUGCUCUAGAGAGAUCAAUCUCCACGACGAGGUUGACAUUAUGAGGCUUAACCGACCUUUUUGGGAUACCGAUACUGAUUGGAUCACUCUCCAUCUUAUCAACUCAUCGAGAAGUAACCGGUUCAAUCAUGAACUAGUUAAUGAUACCAAUGAUGACUUCGUUGAUGCCACGCCUAACGAACGUGUUGGUCCACCACCGGCCUCUUUAUCGGCCAUCGAGGAUUUAAAGACCGUGACGAUCACGGAAGAAGAUUUGGCAAAAGAGAAGGUUUGUGCGAUAUGCAAAGAGGAGUUUGAAGUAGGAGAGGAAGGCAAAGAGUUGAAAUGCUUGCAUUUGUACCAUCCGAGCUGCAUCGUGUCUUGGUUGAAUAUUCAUAACACUUGUCCCAUUUGUCGCUUUGAGGUCCGCUCAGGCGAUUACGAAAGUAACGUUGACGGAGGAGGGUCUCACCAUGUCAACGAUGAUCGAUCAGAUCGUUCUCGGAUUAGGGUUUGUUCUUUGUGGCCUCUCGGAAUGAUUUUUGGUUGGGUGCAUAGUCUUUUCGUUAAGAUUCCUCCUCCUGAUCUAACUUUCAUGGCUAUACUAUUAUGCUUUCAUGUUUUUUAAUAUUAUAAAUAUUGAGUCUUACUAAUAUACCUCAUAUAUUUACUAAGAAUAAUAAACAACUGACAGAAAUUUAAAGGAAUUGCAAAACAAGAAUACUAUAUUUAAGUAGGGAUUAGAAACUAUUAAUUUACAUAUUAAAUUAAUUUUGAGAGAAAGGCGAAGAGCGGCGUUUACGGAACAUUUUGUAAAACAAAGCUUGGCUUUAACAUGUUUAUGUAAAUUAAUAUAGUCAUGACCAUUAUCUUUGAUUUGUUUGCAAGUUGUAACUCGAAUAAAUAAAAUAUGGUUGUGAUAACUCUUUUAGUUGGAAUUAAACAAGCCUCCUCAUCUCUUUCAUUCUCAAGAUCCAACGGUGGAGGAAGCGGCGAGCCUCACAAUCACUCAGAGGAAGUAAUCUCUUUUUGUGCUCGUCUCUCUAAUAGUGCACGUCAAAACUCCAUCUCAAGGCUCAAGGAGAAGAACGUAAGUAUUUACAGAGGCCAUCUUCCGUUAAUGGUAGCAUAAGAGUAUGUAGUAGUGCGGUUUAAAAGUAAAAGCAGAAGAUAAACGUGGUUAAAUAAAGUUUGUACUAAUGCGUUUGUACAUAAGACACUAAUCUAGCUGUUCAUCUAUUUCAGUUUCAUGCAUGUUACUGUUGAUUAUUUGCCUCACCAUCCAAAUAUGUAAUCACCAGA